AUGACGCCAAAUCAAGCACGGACCACAUCUCUCCCCGAUGCUUUUUCGAACGCUCUGGCUGGACGUGUGCAGUCUGUGCUUGAAGCUCAUGGAUGGAAGCUCUUGGGUGCGGUACUACUCUUCUACGUGGGCAUGAAGCGGUACAGAGAAUGGGCGGCGCGGCGCCGCCACCGACAAAUUCUUGCAGCUGCUAACGACCCGGCGCGCGUGGCUGCCCUCGAGCGCGCAGCGGCGCUCGUUCGCGGUAAACAGCAGCAGGAGUUUCAGGCCCAGUCGAUGCAAGCGAAGAGGAAGAAGAGGUAA